CUUCCCUAAAUCCUUAGUGAGCUGUAACACAGUUUGAUCCAUCACUGUCAGGGUUCCACUACUGACCUUUACAGCACCAAUCCUCUCUUUAACGAAUGCAGUUCGAUACUUACAGCAAACCCAAUAGAGAUUAAGGUAUUCCAUUAAGUUUUAUUUCCCAAUAUUAUCCUCAACCAAUUUGUCAGUUUGAAUAUCGUUUUUUAAGGAAACCCCAUAAAAUUGGGCCAUCAACCUUGUGCUUGAAACGUGUCAAUCGCCUGCAAUGAACAAAGCGAUCUUGACUGUGUGUCUGUUUUUCACAGACAUCUAAAUAUUGUAUAUUUUGGUCGGGAGCGGUUAGCUCUUUUUACAGCCUUUCGGUUGGUUAGCCGCUAGUACAGUGAUUCCAUCUAGUGGUCAAAUUAUCUCCGCACACUCAACAACCCAAAUAAUCGAGCCAAUCAGACUCGAGUGCGCUCUUCCAAACCUCCCUGCAGCAAUGUCUUUGAUUGGUUAAUCUUCGUACAAAGGCGGGACUAUCAAGGCGUUGAGAGCAUGCGAUUUAUUUUUUCGGACACGACCAAUGAGGCUUUCAGUCUGUUCCUGAUUGGUCAGUUUCUGAUUUGAAGGCGGGUAUAACCGGAAGUAGAACGAAAGCCCCAUUCUGGUUAGGUUACUCUACUGUCUGUCUAUUUCACCACAAUGGUAUUGGCUGUUAAAUCAAUACCAUUGAUUGCGUUUGCCGUGAAAGCCUUACCCCUUUUCAACCACAAUGGAGUCUAGAGAGAUUUACUCCCCUACUACUAAUUCUUACCUUUAAAUUAAAUCGGGUUAUAUUCAGCCUAUAUUUCCCGUUCAUUGCCAACAGUGAUUUAUCAUAUUUGUGGCUCAAUUGCGGCAAAAAUUGCAGUUUCUAAAAGCAUAUAUUUGUUCUUAGCUGGCUUCAAUCAGGAAAUUGUUUCAGGCUAUGUAGCACUAAUCUCAUUUUGUCAUUCAAACGCUGCAUUUUUGUUUGGUGAAAAAAGACCAACCAAAUUAAGGCAUGACUGAGUAUAAGCUUGUUGUGGUGGGUGCUGGAGGUGUUGGGAAGAGUGCCUUAACUAUCCAGCUCAUCCAGAAUCACUUUGUGGAUGAAUAUGACCCCACCAUCGAGGACUCGUACAGGAAGCAGGUGGUGAUUGACGGAGAGACGUGUCUGCUGGACAUCCUGGACACAGCAGGUCAGGAGGAGUACAGCGCCAUGAGGGACCAGUACAUGAGGACAGGGGAAGGCUUCCUUUGUGUGUUCGCCAUCAACAACAUCAAGUCCUUUGAGGACGUUCACCUGUACAGAGAACAGAUCAACAGGGUGAAGGACAGUGACAGUGUGCCUAUGGUGCUGGUGGGGAACAAGAGUGACCUGGGGAGUCGGAGCGUGGAGAGCAGGCAGGCUCAGGAGCUGGCCCGCGGCUAUGGUGUGCCCUUCGUGGAGACCUCUGCCAAAACCAGACAGGGCGUGGAGGAGGCGUUCUACUCUCUAGUCAGAGAGAUCAGGAGGUAUAAGGAAACCAACCGCAGCAACAAGAAGAGCAAGAAAAGCACUCAGAGACGUUGCACCAUUCUAUAACACCACACUGCACAUAGCCCAUAACCCCCCCCCAACACACUGCAGUUCCUUUACCACAUGGGAGACGUUACCUCUCGUAUUGACAGGGGAUCUGGAAUGGUGAACGCAUCAAGUUCCACUUUCUGUCAUUAGUGUCGUUACCGCAGUAACGGAAACUUCACUUCCUGUUGCUUCUCAUUGGCUGCUCCAUUAGAAUUGUGACUUCAGUUCAUGCACGUUGUUUUCUGACAAUUGUAACAAGAAACUAGAAGUUGUAGUGUUGAAGAGGGGAUUUAUAGACUGGGUUUAAAGCCGCCAUCUUCGGUUGGUUUAAAUAUGAACGUCACUUUACUGCCCCUAGUGGUAAAUAUCUGAGGAGUAAUUAAUUGAUUAAUUAAUGGUGCAAGUCUCAUAGCUACACAUUCCAAAUGAUCAUCUUGUUUAUUUUUUCACCCUAAGGGGGAAAAAAUAGAUUUUUGUUCUUUGCCAACGUGUUCUGCAUUGCAAGAAGCCAGUGUAGGCUAGCUUUUCUUGCAUUCCAAGGUAGUUUUCUCUUCAGUAUUUACACAAGUGGCUAUCUCUGUUAUUGUUUUUUAAACGAUUCAGCAGGGCUGUAAUAGAGAAGGUAUUUUGGUCCUCACUAGCCUCACUCUCACUUUCUGUAUUUAAAAAAAAAUCCAAUCACAGAGUCGAAGGCCACAACUUACUAUUGUGUCAUUAGGCAGCGUUUACAUGGGCAGCUCAAUUGGGAUUUAUUUUUUUUCCCCCCCAAUUAUUGGCAAAAUAGCUGAUUUGAUUGGUCAAAAGACCAGUUAGUAAGGAAAAUAUCAGAAUUAGGCUGCCUGUGUGAGCACGGCCUUAUACUGUUGCCAUUUCUAUAGGAUCAUGUCCAAUUAUUUAGGCUAGCUGUUCAGUGUCCUAGCUUGAGGUCCAUUAAAGGUAAAGUUGUGCACAUGAA